AUGUUUUUCUGCUAUGCCUUUUUAACUAUGGAGUCCCUUUCCAUAUCCGUACUCGCGUAUGAUCGAUUAAUUGCGAUUUGUUUCCCACUCAUCAACACGAUCACCAAAAUGAUCAGCAUUAUAAUGAUAAUGUGGGCUGUUGACGUGGGCAGCAAUGCUUUCUCGAUUUCAGCGAUGACUAGACUUUCCUUCUGUAGAUCAACAGACAUGUACAGCUAUUUCUGUGAUUACGCACCUGUAUUCAGACUUGCUUGUAACGAUUAUUCAUUGCAGUGGACCUGUGCUACCACUUUGAGCUUAGUAAACUUGUUUGGACCCCUGAGUUUUAUUACCCUUACGUAUAUAUAUAUCUUGAUAUCGGUGUUCAGAAUGCAAAGCAUAGAGAGCAAGUUUAAAACCCUCUCCACCUGUGUGGAACACCUAUUUUUAGUUGGCAUUUUCUAUGUUCCCUUUUUAACACUGUUUAUCAUAGGGCUGUUUUUGUUUGGUGUAAACCCAGAUAUCAGAAUGCUGACCUUGUCGCUGCAUGGCUUCUGCUUGGCACCCCUGUUGAAUCCUGUAGUGUACUCACUGAAAACCAAAGAGAUUCGGGCUAGAGCCUUUUUCAUCCUCCGAAAAAUUCAAGUUAGGUCGGCAGCCUGAACCAGAGAGCGAUGAGAGAGAGAUGAAAAGGCUUGGUCAAGGUAGAACCAGUCAGUGCUAUAACGAUGAACUUAUCUCAAGUUUUUAAAUUCCGACUGAUUGUAAUAAUUUAAGUCUAAGUAGCAAUAAUUCCCACCUAAAUGACUCAUUUAAAGCACAACGUCACCAAUGCAGAGUAAACAUUAUUUUUUCAGGAUUUAUGUCACUGUUGCCCAAAACUGUCUUCCCAUAUUAAUUAAACUCUAAGUUUGCCCUAUUCUGUGUUUUAAACCUACAAAGACUGUUUCUGACAUUGAUGUAUUCGCUUUUAAUGUAUUUGCUUGUAAUUUGU